UGUAGGGAAUUUUGAAGGGCUGCGGGCGCAGGGGGUUUCCGGGUUGCGUUUUGUCCUUUGUUCUGUGGGAUUUCUAACGGAUGAGCGCUUUUUUUCCCUUUCCUCUUCUUCUUGGGUUGAUGUUGUGGAAUCGUGUGAUGCGAUGGUACAAUGGGACCUGUGGUAGAUGGGCGGAAAUAGAUGUCUGGGGAAGAAAACUAGCAGGCGAGUGGGUGUGGCCGGGUGGAUGGGCACCUUCGGUCUGGGAUGCGAAACAUGGAUUCGUAGAUAUUCUUUUCUAACCCCACAAAGGGAAAAACAGAACAAAACAAGAAAUCCGAUCUUUGAUGGUAUUGCACUCUAAAUAGCUACACGGUGGGGAUUGCGGUGCGAACGUUGUAUGUCACUCGUUUAUCAUAAUACCUGCUUGUACCCCUCCCACCGGCGAAAUCUACUGUAUGCAGCGAGAAGACCCCCAUAAGUUCUCGUUCCAAGUUUCCCCGCCAUCGAGUGGCCAGGGGUGGCAAGGGGAGAAGGACGUGAUAACUGAGGAGGAAUAGCAAAUCCUCGCGCCGAGCAUCUAAAUAGAAUCGCUAGACUGUAAAUCUACUUUUGUUUCCGUUCCCCUGAAUUAUUCUGUCUGGGCCCUCUUUUUAUCUCGCACCUCUGCCUCCCCUCCCCCCCACCUCCUCCUUUCCAUUCCUCGUUGCCGUUUCUGCGUCUCAUCAUCUGCCCCACCGGGUCACCAGGACCGCAGUACUAUACCGUGCCGUGCGAUACCUGUAGGGACUGUGCUAGGGAGUUCUUGGUGGAUAUAUACACUAGUAUAUAUAUACACCUAUUGUAUUGCCCUUCCCUGCUUUCUUUCUAAUCUCCGUUCUUUCCUGAUCACCUUCUACCCUUUUCUUCCUCUUUCAGUAUAGAGUGCGUGUGCGGCUGAAUGAGAAGGUGAGUGAGGGUGUGGGCGUCUACGUGCGUAUAUAUCGACAUGACGGGAGGAGAGAUCACGGACCUCAACGGGAGGGACAGCUCCGGGACAAAUACCCAUGGUUUACGGGACGAGGGUGUCGAACGGAGGUGUGAGGUUGGCGGAGGGGCAGCCGGCACCGCCGGAGAUGGCCAGCCGCAGGUCUCCGAGACUCCAACGUUGUGGAUGUGGGUUUUGACAUUUGUUUCCGGGAUUAGCGGGGUAUUUAAGCUUCCCUUCCCUUCUCCGUGCUUUACAUGCCAGUGAGGGUAGUUGUGGUGAGCGGUGGGGCUAAUCAAUCCUGAUGGGCGGUAGUUACUGUUUGGCUAUGAUACCGGGUAUGCUCGUACUGGCGUUGCCCAUUGAGGUCGAAUUGGCUUUACUGAUUUCUGUCUGUCGUCCCCUAGUGUUAUCUCCGGAGCACUCGUGGUGAUAGCGGAUGAUCUUGGCCCGGCAGAGUUAUCCAGCCAACAGAAAGAGUUCAUUACGGCAGCGACCUCCCUCGGAGCUCUAAUCUUUAGCGCAUUCUCGGGCGCACUUGCGGACCAGAUCGGACGGAAAUGGGUUAUCGCUAUCGCGGAUAUCGUGUUCAUCGUAGGGGCCGUUAUUCAAGCCGUCUCCAAGUCUGUGUGGGUUAUGGUGGCCGGGUAUGAUUGAGCUCGCCUUUCUCCCCAACAUACCUUGGGAUGGAUACUUAUGGGAACAUUCUCAUUGCAGGCGUUUCGUCAUCGGUUGGGGCGUUGGUUUGGCUAGUUUGAUUGUACCGCUAUACCUCGCCGAGCUUUCUCCCGUGAGACCUAUUACUCCAUUAGUCUUGUGUUGCCUUAUAUUUGCUUUUUCCAAGUAUGACGGGAAAGAGAAAUCUACUGACUAAUCAACCAGGCACGAUAUCGUGGGAGGAUGAUUCUCAUCAAUGUACUUUUCAUCACCUUUGGUCAAGUCGUUGCCUAUGGCAUUGGCGCUGGGCUCACUCACGUGGAUGCCGGAUGGAGGUGAAUAGUCUUGUCUUCUUUUCGUGGGUGAGUGUGAGCCACAGUGACUGACUGAUGAGCCAAUUGAUAGAAUAAUGGUUGGAAUCGGAGCAAUCCCCGCCGGUAUUCAGUGCAUAAUACUAUACUGGCUUCCAGAAAGCCCUCGUUAUAGUGAGUGGCCUUUUUAUUUUGCCAAUCCUACCCUUGAGUUCCGGGGGCUCUAACAUACCUCUUCCUUUCGAUCGCUAGUGAUUCGCAAAGGCCGAGAUGAAGAUGCCCGGAAGGUGCUAUUCACAAUCUACAGUGGAGCGCAAGCAGUGGACAUUGAAGAGAAGGUCGCGUAUAUUCGCGAGUUCACAGAGGAUAAGAGACCGGGGACGAAGUGGGAGAAGGCGAAGAAUGAUCUCAAGAGCCUGUACGUCGUCCCAUCCAACCUUCGGGCGUUAAUUCUUGCCUGUGGGUUGCAGGGUAUUCAGGUAUGUCUGCCCUGCAUACCGUAGGGUGGUGAUAUUCCGGGCUCUAGGAGACCCAUCGAUAGUAACGAACGGUAGCAAUUCUCUGGUUUUAAUUCUUUAAUGUACUUGUAAGUAUCCUAGUUGCGCGAGAGCUAUUUUUUUUUUUGGCGCAACAGCUGAUAGCUCCCGCAGUUCCGCCACAAUCUUCAAGAUUGUUGGAUUUGAAAAUCCAACAGCGGUUAGUCUGAUCGUUGCUGGAACGAACUUCCUGAUGACGGUAAUUUCACCCUUACAUAGUCACACGCCACCCCCCCCCAAAAUCUACUGUACUCUGCACGCGCCCUACUGACAAAUGAUGGGGGAAAGUGCAUAACCUUCACCAUAGUCGACCGAAUCGGCCGUCGCAGAAUCCUGAUCGGAACCCUCUGGGGCUGUUCCGCCGGCCUGAUACUCUGCGCAGUAGCCUUCCACUACCUUCCCCGCGACCCCGCGACUGGCGAGAUCAACGCGACAGGUUCAAACCGCUGGGCCAUCCUAAUCCUGGUGAGCCAGAUAAUCUACGUGAUGUUCUACGCCCUGGGGAUCGGCAAUAUUGCUUGGGUGGGGCAGUCCGAAGUGUUCCCCUACAACGUGCGCGGCUUCGGAACCGGCAUGGCCACGGCCACGAAUUGGGGCGCCAACUUGAUCCUCGGAUCCACCUUUCUGACCAUGAUGGACCGGAUGACGCCCAGCGGUGCCUUCGGGUUCUACGCCGGGCUGUGCCUAUUGGGCUGGUUUUUUGUCCUGCUCUUGUUCCCCGAUCUGAGCGGAUUCACCCUCGAGGAGGUGGCCGAGAUAUUGAGCACUAGCUUUGGCAUUCGAGAGACGAGGAGGAGGAGGAAGGCGCUCAGGCAGCUUGGCGAGGAUGAGAAGAGGGCAAGGCUGGAGGCGCUCAUGGAUAGGGUUUGA